UUAUCUCUUCUUUUUUUCUCUUGCCUAGGAAUUUAGAAGCUCCUGAGAUACCAGUGUAUUCUGUGAAAGCUCAUAAGGAAAUCGUGAACAGUAUAGAUGGUGUAGGUGGCUUAGGAAUUGGCGAAGGUGCACCGGAAAUUGUGACUGGCAGUCGAGAUGGAACGGUGAAGGUGUGGGACCCCAGGCAGAAGGAUUCUCCUGUUGCUAAUAUGGAGCCUGUAGAGGGGGAGAGCAAGAGAGACUGCUGGACAGUCGCGUUUGGAAAUGCUUACAAUCAAGAGGAACGUGUUGUAUGUGCUGGAUAUGACAACGGGGACAUUAAAUUGUUUGACUUAAAAACCAUGUCACUGCGAUGGGAGACCAAUAUUAAGAAUGGGGUGUGUAGUUUGGAGUUCGACAGGAAAGAUAUAAAUAUGAACAAGCUAGUGGCCACAUCACUUGAGGGAAAAUUUCAUGUUUUUGAUAUGAGAACUCAGCAUCCGACCAAAGGCUUUGCUUCUGUUUCAGAAAAGGCUCACAAAUCUACCAUGUGGCAGGUUCGGCACCUCCCGCAGAACAGAGAUAUAUUUAUGACAAGUGGAGGAGCUGGGAGCCUUCAUCUCUGGAAAUAUGAAUACCCUGCUCAGCGCUCAAAGAAGGAUUCGGAAGGAACUGAGAUGGGGGUGGCAGGUUCCGUCAGCCUCUUGCAGAAUGUGACUUUGUCAACACAGCCGAUUUCCAGCCUGGACUGGAGCCCCGACAAAAAGGGCCUGUGUGUCUGUACUUCGUUUGACCAAACCGUGAGGGUGCUCAUAGUGACCAAACUUAACAAAAUCUGACAGGACAACCGCGAUUGUCAGUGGGAAAGCAAGAUAACUUGCAAUUUGUAAGUAUGGGUGGGAGACACCUCCUGUUUCCAGCUAAAUUAAUUAUUAAAACUGGAUUAAAGAAAUAGAGGCCAGAUCUUUCUAUUGAAAGUUCAGAAAUGUGCCAUUAGAGUUGUUUGAUUGUGCUGCAAUGACUUGAACAAGUUACUUAGGCACAAAACUUUCACCUUCUUGAAAUGUGAAUUUCCAUUAAAAUGUGCCUUUGUUUUAUCACAACCUGUAAGUU